AUGACCAAAAACAGCUGGGAAACGCUAAACUACGACUACUACGGUGGGGUGCUCUGGCCCAAUUUGCGCGAACAUUUAAAAACACCGCCCAAACUCCACGCCCGGAUAAGCCAGGAUAAAAGCGCUCAGAGCGCCGACAACGAACACCGGCUAUUCGGCCACAGCUGCUUCAUCAAACAGCAACGAUAUGUCGAAAAUACCGUCGACUACUUCAUAGAUCCCGCUUCAGUAUUCCCCGUCGCCGCUCUCAAUGUAAAAGAUGGAUGUUCAGUUCUGGAUAUGUGUGCUGCGCCUGGUGGUAAAUCGUUGUUGAUAGCUGGAGAGUUAUUCCAUCAUGAACGGCGGAGUUCUGAAGACUGCGAUAGUUUUCUCGUGUGCAAUGACUUGUCUCAGGCCCGUUUGCAGCGGUUGCAGCGGAAUUUGGCGGCGCAUCACGGUAGCGACAAGCGUCAGUACAGAGUUACAAUAAGUGAUCCUAGCACGAACAGCAGGGUCGUCAGCAAAUAUGCUCCAUAUGAUUGCGUCUUGUUGGACGCGCCUUGUUCGUCCGACAGGCACCGGAUAGCAGUUGAUCCGCUGAUGAAGGAAUGGUCCCUUCAGUCCGUCAAGCGUACAGUCAAGCUACAAAAACAGUUGCUCAAAACCGGACUGGAAGUAUUAAAAAGAGGUGGAAGACUUGUGUAUUCCACAUGCGCCCUUUCAGAGCUGGAGAACGACCUCGUUCUGGAAUCUGCCUUUGUCAUUGCAGACCCCGUCCCUCACGAUACUCUACUCCAACAACUUGAAGAAAAAUGCGGCAUCGAUAUUCGCGUCGUUGAAUUACGCGACCCGCCGGCUCACGACCCGCCGGCUCACGACCCGCCGACUCACGACCGGCCGACUCACGACCAGCCAACACACGACCAACCGGCUCGUGCCGAAAUGACUCACGACGGGACAGCUGAUGGGGCUGCCGCUCUACAGAAUGAGACUGCACAACAGAAUGAACUACCGGUGCUGACACUGAGGAAGACGACAUAUGGAUUUCUCAUGUUGCCUUGCGACCAGGGUGGCAUUGGGGUGAUCUACUUCGCGGCAUUGCAGAAACGCGACAUUUUCGCAUGCAAACGCUAA